UAGGUGGAGCGAAGGAGGCGGCAGAACAGCACUGUCAAGAAGUUUUCUGAGUCAACGGCGUCUUUUUUAGCUGAAAAACAAAGUCCAGAUAAACAGUGGUGUGGACGGAGAAGCGUGAGUCGGAGUCGGACGCAGCCAUGGAGAAUCUGUUUGGAUGGGGCUCAGUCAAACCAGCGAAACCCUUCGUAGAGAUCAUCGAGCAGCCAAAGCAGAGGGGGAUGAGGUUUAGGUAUAAGUGUGAGGGACGUUCAGCCGGCAGCAUCCCCGGAGAGAAGAGCAAUGACACCACUAAGACCCACCCAGCCAUCAAGGUGCACAACUACAGCGGCCCCCUGCGUGUUCGCAUCUCAUUGGUGACGAAGAACGCGCCACACAAGCCUCACCCCCACGAACUGGUUGGGAAAGACUGCAAACAUGGGUACUACGAGGCCGACCUGCAGGAGAGAAGAGUACACAGUUUUCAGAACCUGGGCAUACAGUGUGUCAAGAAGAAGGAUGUGAAUGAGGCCAUCACGUGUAGGCUGCAGACCAAUAAUAACCCCUUCAACAUUCCCGAGCCGAAGGUGUGGGAGGAGGAGUUUGACCUGAAUUCGGUUCGGCUCUGCUUCCAGGUGUCCGUCACUCUGCUCACAGGGGAGCUGUUUCCUCUGGAGCCAGUGGUGUCACAGCCCAUCUAUGACAACAGGGCCCCGAACACCGCUGAGCUGAAGAUCUGCCGAGUCAACUGCAACAUUGGAAGCUGCAAAGGAGGAGAUGAAAUCUUUCUGCUGUGUGACAAAGUGCAAAAAGAGGACAUCGAGGUGCGUUUCUUCCAGGACUCCUGGGAGGGGAAGGGCAGCUUCUCUCAGGCCGACGUCCACAGACAGGUGGCCAUUGUGUUCCGCACGCCGCCGUACCGCGACACCAACCUCUCUAAGCCCAUUAGAGUCAAGAUGCAGCUCCGCCGGCCCUCUGACCGCGAGGUCAGCGAGCCGAUGGACUUCCAGUACAUGCCCUCUGACCCAGAUGAAUAUAGGCUGAGUGAGAAGAGAAAGCGUACAGGGGACAUGUUCCAGAGCCUGAAGCUGGGGCCCAUGCUGUCUAACGUAACUAUUCCACCAGACAGACGCCACAUAAGCCCAGCAAGGAGAACAGUCACAGCCAAGCCUCCGUCAAUGAGCACACAAGCCGCGGCUGUGGUGCCCCCUGCUGCCAGUGGAGCGAAACACCAGCCCUCAUACUCAUACAAUCAGCCAGGACAGCUCUUCUCAGUCCAGCCCAAGGUCGAGCCCUCGCCCUCCAUCUCUGCCGAAACCACAAGCCAAACAUGGAGGAUCAUGGAGAGCCUCAACCUGGGCCCCCAGCCCAAAGCCACUCCAGUGCCCAGCUUCACAAUGAGCCAGGUACCAGCCUCGUCCUCCUCCUCUACCACCACUUCCACCGUCACCCAGGACUACUCGACCGUCAACAUGUCAGACCUUCAUGAAUUCUUCCCCAACAUUUCCUCGGCCAUCGGCCAGGAGCCAGCAGCCUCUCAGGGAAGCACGGUCUCCUCGCACCCGAGCAGCUCCUUUUCCCUCCAGGCCUCUCAGUUCCGAGUGGAUGCGCCACUUGUGGAUGAUGAUAUCCCAGAGUUCCCUAGCUUUUCCGAAGCCCAGGCCCCAGGCACCCUGGACAACCUAAACAUGGAUGACUUCGAGGACCUUCUGAACCCCACCCUCAUGAACGAGAGUGGGAAUUGCACCUCAAUGUUGGCUCAAGCUUCAUGCCAACAAGCUGCCCCCCCCAGCUCUUCUACUGCCGCCCAGAACAGCGAGGCGUCGCACAACACUUCUGACCCCAGCAACAACCCGGGAAGCACCUGGAUGAAUUACCCCAACAGCAUCGUCAACUUGCUCCAGAACGAGGGCAUGAUUGACAUCGCACCCAACAACAACCACCGGCCCCCCGUGCUGGAUGAGCUCGAUGAGCUGAUGUCUGCUGACGAGGAUCGUCUUAUUUCCAUUUUUAACAGUGGAAGCCAAGCUAGGUUUGUGUCAGGACACCCAACUUAAAGUUUGCCCAUAUUGUGUUUUGUUAUGGACAUUUUUACAAAGACCACUUGUGUCUGGCCCUUUAGCCUUCAGAACUAAACCCCCUUUGUUGUCACUAAAGACAAAAAAAGAGAGAGAAGGUGGGCAUGAAGGGCUGU